AUGCAUUCAAAAUUCCCCAUAUCCUUGAAUCCAAAGUGCCUUAGUCUUGAACAGAUUAACAAUGCUUCUAAAUUCAAGAUUGAAAAUACGCCAUUCUCUCCUCAAAAUGAUGACAGUUCUGCAGGAGCUAGUUUUGGGAAACAGUCUCAGGACAUGAAUGGCACAGCCAUAGAAAAUUUUAUCUGUGUGAUAUAUAAUGUUUCCUUCAUGAACUGCACUUGGCAUGUGAGCAGGACAGCUCCAGGAGAUACCCAAUAUUUCCUGUACUGGAAGAGCUCACGGAAAGAAGAUUUCAUAGGAUGCCAGAAUUAUGUCAAAGAUAAUUGUGGAAGGCACACAGGAUGUAGAUUCCAAAAUGUGACAAUAGAAAAUAAGAGUGCUUAUUUCCUGGUAAAUGGAAGUGGACAAAACAUUCAGUCCUACAAGAAUAUGAUUGCUCUGUACAAAAUUGAGAAGCUCACCCCUCCAUUAAAUGUCACUGUGAACUGUACAGGACUUUCUCAUAGUUGUGAAAUUAAGUGGCAACCACCUCGUACAAGUCAUGUGAAAAGAGACACUUGUUUCAAAUAUCAAGUUGUCAUAGAAAAGAAGGCUGAUCCUGAGAAAGGCAUCAAAGACACAUCUAAAAUGGAAACAAACAUCACUGGAAACUCCUACAUAUUUGACAGUUUCAAUGCAGAAAAAAGAUACAGCAUCAAAAUCAGAGCUACUGACAAUGGUUGCCUAGUGAGCAAAAACUGGGGGGAGUGGAGUACACCUGUAGAGUUUGGAGGAGAACAACUUAUGUCUACUUCAUCAUAUGUGCUACUUCUGGUAUCAGGACUGGCAGCAAGUAUCGUAUUUUUUCUCUGUGCAGUAAACAUUUAUUUGAAAACAGUACCUGCUAGAGUACUACAGCCAAAAGACCCAUUCCAUGAGAUCGCUCCAAUGAAUUUCCAGACAGAAUAUGAGAAUCAAUUAAUAAAGCAUGAAACUGAAGAAAUAAUAACCGUUAUUGAAGAAGUGGCAUAA